GGAACCAUAUUGUAAUGGGUUGUUUUCUUAUAUACACUAUAUUGCCAAAAGUUUUGGGACACCCCUCCAAAUCAUUGAAUUCAGGGGUUGGGCUCGGCCCCUUAGUUCCAGUGAAAGGAUUUCGGACAAUUUCAUGCUUGGGGAUGACCCCUUCCUGUUCCAAAAAGACUGCGCACCAGUGCGCAGAGCAACGUCCAUAAAGACAUGGAUAGUGUGGAGGAACUUGACUGGCCUGCACAAAGUCCUGACCUCAAUCCGAUAGAACACCUUUGGGAUGAAUUAGAGUGGAGACUGCGAGCCAGGCCAAAACUGGGACGUCUGCCUUUACAUGCACAUGAAUGUAUGGAGUUGUCCCGCCCUUUGCAGCUAUAACAGCUUCAACUCCUCUGGGAAGGCUUUCCACAAGGUUUAGGAGCGUGUUUAUGGGAAUUUUUGACCAUUCCUCUAGAAGCACAUUUGUGAGGUCAGGCACUGAUGCUGGACAAGAAGACCUGGCUUGCAGUCUCCACUCUAAUUCAUCCCAAAGGUGUUCUAUCAGGUUGAGGUCAGGACUCUGUGCAGGCCAGUCAAGUUCCUCCACACCAAACUCACUCAUCCAUGUCUUUAUGGACCUUGCUUUGUGCACUGGUGUGCAGUCAUGUUGGAACCGGAAGGGGGUCAUCCCCAAACUGUUCCCACAAUGUUGGGAGAAAUUGUCCAAAAUGUUCUUGGUAUGAAGCCGAAGUAUUAAGAGUUCCUUUCACUGGAACUAAGGGGCCGAGCCCAAACCCCUGAAAAACAACACCUGAAUUGAAUGAUUUGGAGGGGUGUCCAAAAACUUUUGGCAAUAUAAUGUAUUCUAUUCCUUAUUUUUUUUUCAUUAUUAUUAUUUCCUGAUUGACCAUCAAGUUCAGCUUUCCCCUGCAUCACAGAGACACAAUUGAUAGCACACCCUGCUAUUGUAACUCCACGCUACUGGAUCUAUGCUACUUCAAGCCAUGUGACACCUGUAGCUCAGGUAACAGGCGCCGUGGAAACGGUUGAGAGUUCCGCUCGCUGAUUCUGCCACCUGAGGAGCAGAGCAUGGCGUCUCCAAACACGAGGCGUUUCAACUCAACCCCAUCACCCAGGAUCCUGGAGCUCGCUCGGCCGCGAGAAUCUAAAACAGUUUGGCUCACAACACCAGCAAACGUGACUUGGGGAAACCAAGAGACAAUAUGGCCACUGUCCUGGACUUCAUUAAAAGCCAGAAGUAUGUCAAGGAUUCUGGCUCUGUCGCAACCCAAAAAAGAUUUCUCUGCCCUCCAUCGAGACCUGCUUUGGAAACGGCAGAAGGAAGCUGAAGAAGCAGCAAAGAGAAGGACGUGUCUUCUUUCUGGUACAUCACAGUAUGAGCAUUUCUCGCGCUUGGCAACCCCAAAUUCUCGUCACAGGAGCUCUCAGGUAGUGAGUCUCCCUCACACAAUGCGAUGUGAGCACAACUGUCCUGUGUGGCACAUCAGCUCUGCGGUGCGGAAUGCAGUCGCCUCUCCUCGCAUUCUUCAGCUUGCUCAGCCCAGACACGCACACCCCGAGUACCAGAGCAACCGCCAGAAUGUAGAAACAUGCAUCUCGUGUGCAGCUAAAUCAUCUCAGGCGACUCCGAGACUCGAACAGCUGUGUGCGCCCAAACUGCGAGAGAGCAAACUCUUCUACCAGUAUGGCCAGCCUGAGAGCGCAAUAAGGCCUGUAUCUAAAGCAGCAAGAAAAGCCACAGCAAGUGCUCGUGUGAGAGAGCUCUCCAUCCCAAGGAGCUAUAUCCCUCCUUGAAAAAUAAAAUAAAGAAAGAAAUAGAGACCGAGACCUCAUAAUCACACAGCCAGUGUUACUGUCCUGGUUAAAGAACAGAGAGAGAGAGAGAAAACAAGAGUAACAGAUGGACCGAUUAAAUGUCACUAAAAAGCAUAUAAAUGUUUCCUUGUUGUUUUUCCUUUUCUUUUCUUUUCUUUUCUCUUUUUCUGCAAGCCGUCAGACUUUACUUUGGAACGUUUCAUUCCAAAAUGUUGGAAAGGUUGUGUUAUUUUAAGCAAAAUGCCAGAAUGGUAAACUUCGUCCAGCCAACACAGAGGACAAGAGAACUUUUCUCAGUGUGUCUUUUGUGUGUUUUUCACAUCAGAUAUUCACGCAGCUUUAGUUUCAAUUAGCGUGUGGGAAAAGCGUUACAGACCUUCUCUCAUAGCUAGACGGCUUUUACGGGCGUGUGAAUAUUCAAAACAGUGAAAUGAUUCACAUGACAGAACAUGUACAUUCAUCAAAUUAUUGCUUAAUUUAAUGUUAAAGCACUGACACUGGAGACUCAACCAUCUACUUACAGGAAACCUCAAAUCAGCAAUGACACACUUUACAAUAAAUCCACAUAUAGUGGA